AACCGGAAGUGGUUCCCCCUUAGUUCCGCUGGUGCAAGAUGGCCGAGCCUGUGAGUGAGGAGUACCCCACCGAGAUUCACGAGUUCCUGGUGGGAUUCGAGGAGUCCCUGAAAUCCGCCGAUGGGACGCUGCAGUCUCUGAUGUCGGUGCCCCGGACCGAGCUGCUGCAAAAGUUGGGCCCUCUUGAACAAGCCAAGUUAGAUUUGGCCUCUGCUUAUGCAUUGAAUUCUAUGUUUUGGAUAUAUCUCAUCACACAAGGAAUCAAUCCUAAAGAACAUGCAGUCAAACAGGAAUUGGAGCGAAUAAGAACGUACAUGAACAAAGUGAAAGAAAUAACAGACCGCCAGAAGGCAUCGCGACUGGACAAGGGAGUGGCCUCGCGCAUUGUCCGACAUGCACUGUGGGAUGCAAAGCCAGAAGGACGGUCAAAAAUGCCAUCCAAAUCCUCCCAUCGUUGAAAAUACGAGAAAGAGAGAUCAGCAUUGUCAAAAUAAAUGAGAAGGAACUUUUAGAACUUUUCUCUGUAACACCACUGGGUGUCAGCAAUGUUUAACAACAUUAUAACUGCUUUCUACGUGCAAAUUCUAAA